GAAAACAAAUAUAUAAAUUGUUCAAAAUGUCUAAUGUUUCGUUUUCCGACCUCUUGCAUUGUGCAGAACAGUUAACUGCUGAUGUUGAUACUGGAACUGAACUUCCAAGAAUUGAAAGAAACUUGCCACAGUUGGCUGAAGCAUCACAGAGAUUACUUUCAAAAACUUGGACAAAUGUUGGGGAAGGGUCUGAUGUAAAAGCAUCUCUUUUGUUGAGUACAAAAGGUGUUGAACUUCCAAAGUUGUCACAAAGGCUGGAAUCCCUUAACACCACCAAGACAUUUGAGCCAAUUGAGCCUCUUGUUGAAACGGAUAUACAUGGGUUUUUAAAAAAUGAGAGAGAAAACUCAAUUCUUGCGACGAUUGAAGAAACAAAGAGAAAAACAUUUGUUAAUGCAGAAAAACAAUUUUGGGACAGUUUGGAAAACGAAUGGGAGAGAGAAAAACAAAAAAUAUUAAAUUCAUUGCUUAGUGCAGGAAAACAAGCGCUCAGUUUUCCUGUCGAUGCAGGAAGAUUUGAAGAAAAUUCCAUUUCCAAGGGAAGGAGUACACUCAGUGCUAUUGAAAUGGCAUAUGCACGUCAAGUUUAUCUGUGUAAUGAAUUAAGCAUAAAUGGACAAAAAUAUAAUUUCUUAGAGGCCUUAAAGCAGGUUGGGUUAAAAACAGAGGAUAUUAAUGUUAAAGAUCUAUGGGGGUUGGUCGAACAAAUCAUCUUGAACUUGCCACUUCAGGAAAAUAACACGCGUAAGCUAAGGCAGUCCAAAGAAUUUCAGACAAGUUUAGUAACAAAUGCUAAAAUGUUUCUCGAAGACAGAUACCGAGGUUUUAUUGAAAAGCGUGUGCAUGAUAACUUGCAACAAGCCCACCUGGGUGGUGUACCAGGAUUAUACAAUUAUGUACAAAGUUAUUUGAAAAUAAAAAUGAUGAGCACUGCUUCUGGCUAUGAGGAUGGUUAUGUGAAUGGUGUUCCUGUAUGGCCUUUAGUUUAUUAUUGUUUACGGUGUGGGGAUGUCGAAGCCACAAAACAAGCAGCAGAAGCCUUGCCUCCUCAAUACUCUGAAUUCAAAACAUAUUUAAAGGAAUACUUUGCAAGCAAUGAACGUCGUUUGCACCCCAACAAUGAAGCUAAGCUGCGAGUGGAGUACAAGAGGACAGUUCGGUCAAGCCCUGAUCCUUUUAAGCGCAUUGUGUAUUGUAUUGUUGGUCAUUGCGAUUCGACUGACCCACAUCCAGAUGUGGCAAAGAAAACCGAUGAUUAUAUAUGGUUAAAAUUAAACCAGAUUCAAUUUGCAAAUGCUGACCAUAUGAAUCAAGAAGGCAAUACACUGCAAAGUUUACAAAAAUUAUUGCUUGAAGAGUAUGGUGAAAGUCAUUUCCGAGCAUAUGAUCAGCCAUACCUCUAUUGUCGGGUGUUAUUUUUAACAGGGCAGUUUGAAGCUGGUUUGGAGUUUUUGUCACGCCUUGACCACUGUCGAAGUCAUGCUGUUCACAUUGCUAUUGUAUUAAAGAUGCAAAAGUUGUUACUGACCCCAGACCUUAUUCAUGCUCCACUCUUGUCUGCAGAUACUCUGGAUCCACCUCCAUUAAAGCGGCUAAAUUAUGCUAGACUAAUUACAAUAUACACAAGAAAAUUUGAAGUCACGGAUCCAAGAGAAGCCUUGGAGUAUUUCUAUUUACUGAGGCAUCUGAACAGUCCCAAUGGUGAUAAUUUGUUUGCUUCUUGUGUCAGUGAAUUGGCUCUUGAGACAAGAGAGUUUGAAACCAUAUUAGGAUGUAUUAAUCCAGACGGUUCAAAAAAGGCUGGCUCUGUGUCAAAGUUUGAAUUGGAUGUCACAAAUAUAAUAGCAACGGUUGCAAAGGAUGCUGAGAAUAAGGGACAAUUUGAGGAUGCUGCUAUGUUGUACGAUCUAUCCGAUAAACAUGAAAAGGUGUUGGAGUUAUUGAGUAAUCUUUUAUGCCAGCUUGUAUCCCUAGCCAACAGUCCACAAUCCUCUCGGCAACGUAUUCAGACACUGUCUAGAUCUAUUGCAGAAAGGUACAAAACACGUGGCCAUAAUGGUAGCCGCAUGAGAAGUUCGACAUUUUAUUUGCUGCUUGAUCUUAUGUACUAUUUUGAUUUGUAUCAAGAGCAACAGUAUGACUCUUCACUUGAUGUUAUGCAGAAAAUUAAGUUAAUUCCAUUGUCGGUUGAUGAAGUGGAUUUGAAAGUUUCGUCUUUCAAACAAUACAGCGAUGAGGUACGUCAAUGCUUACCUGAUGUUUUAUUGGCUGUGAUGAACACAUUAUAUGAGAAAUACAAGAGAAGCAAAAUUUCUUCACAGUCAUCAUAUAUGGGAGUACGUAAAGAAAAAGAUGAAUCAUUUUUGAGCAACUUGAGAAAACAAGCGGGAGCUAUUGUGACGUUCGCUGGUUUGUUGCCGUAUCGUAUGCCUGGAGAUACGAAUGCUCGAUUGGUACAAAUGGAAGUGAUGAUGAAUUGAUUGAAAACCAAGGUGUCUUCUGUUUAGUAGCUUCAUCAAUCACAUAUUGUACCCUAUUGUAGUGAUGAUCUUUUAUAGUAACUAAUGUAAAAAAUCGUAUCAAA